AGUGGGGUGCAGGGACCGUGGGGCGUCAGCCACGGACUCCGUUUCUGGUUCCCCAGCCAAGCUCUAGGGAAACGCGGGACCCGGGAACUGGAAGCCGGCUGGGGGGUGGGGGGGAGCGGGGCUACGGGAGCCGCGACCGCGACCUCCGCCGCCGCCCGGGGCUGGGGGUGGGGGGUGGGGGACCCGGUCGCCAGCACCAGCACCAGUGCAAGCGCCAGCGCCGCAGCCCGGGGCGGGGGGUGGGGGGGACCCGGCCGGAGCCGGAGCCAGCGCCAGCGUCGCAGAGAUGGGGAACGCAGCCACCGCCAAGAAGGGCAGCGAGCAGGAGAGCGUGAAAGAGUUUCUAGCCAAAGCCAAAGAAGAAUUCCUCAAGAAAUGGGAAAAUCCAAGUCAGCCAUCUGUAAUUCAGCUGGAUUUAUAUGAAAGACUCAAGACUCUAGGCACUGGUUCCUUUGGUCGAGUGGUGCUUGUGAAGAGCAAGGAAACAGGGAAUUUCUUUGCCAUGAAAAUCCUUGAUAAACAGAAGGUGGUGAAGCUGAAACAAAUAGAACAUACCAUGAAUGAGAAGCGAAUCCUGCAGUCCAUCAGCUUCCCAUUCCUUGUCAAACUAGAAUGCGCCUUCAAGGACAACUCAAAUCUGUACAUGGUGAUGGAGUAUGUCGCAGGUGGGGAAAUGUUCUCACACCUACGGCGGAUCGGGAGGUUCAGUGAGCCUCAUGCCCGCUUCUAUGCAGCUCAGAUUGUCCUGACUUUUGAGUACCUUCACUCACUGGACCUGAUCUACCGGGACCUGAAGCCCGAGAACCUGCUCAUUGACCAGCAGGGCUAUAUCCAGGUAACAGAUUUUGGUUUUGCCAAGCGAGUGAAAGGCCGAACCUGGACCUUAUGUGGGACUCCCGAGUACCUGGCUCCUGAGAUCAUCCUUAGCAAGGGCUAUAACAAGGCUGUGGAUUGGUGGGCCCUAGGCGUCCUGAUCUAUGAGAUGGCAGCAGGCUACCCCCCCUUCUUUGCUGACCAGCCCAUCCAGAUAUAUGAAAAGAUUGUCUCUGGGAAGGUGCGAUUCCCGUCUCACUUCAGCUCAGACUUAAAGGACCUGCUUCGGAAUCUACUCCAAGUGGACCUCACCAAGCGCUAUGGGAACCUCAAGAAUGGUGUCAAUGACAUCAAGAACCACAAAUGGUUUGCCACCACCGACUGGAUCGCCAUCUACCAGAGGAAGGUGGAAGCUCCCUUUAUACCAAAGUGCAAAGGCCCAGGUGACACAAGUAAUUUUGAUGAUUAUGAGGAGGAGGAGCUCCGGAUCUCCAUCAGCGAGAAGUGCCCCAAGGAGUUUGCUGAGUUCUAAUGGUGUCCCUGGGUCCUGGGAGGGGGGGGGUUAGGGGGGGUUGGGGGUUGGAUUGAACAGCCUGAGGGCCCCAGAGUUCCCUUGCAUAUUAAUUUUUCCCUAGGGGGAUCAGAAAGUGGAGAUGUUUUAUUGGGGGGGCAGGUGGGAGAGGGGGAUUCAAAUAUCAGAUGCCCCCCCUCCCAUCCUUAACCCCCACAGUUUUCCCCUUGCUGUCUUGAUCCAGCAGUUAGACUCCAUGGCUGGGUUCCCUCUGCUCUGCCUAACUCCAUGCAAGUUUUAAAUCAGUUUUCUAGUCCAAACAGACCUGAACCUUCCCUCUCUUAACACCACCAGAGAUCCAGCUUAUUUCUACCCUAUCUCCCCACCCAGAGGGGGAUACUUGUAUCUGGAGCCAGGCCCCUGCUUUUGUAGUUCCUUAUCAGUCUCACUAGUGCUAGGAAGUUGGGAUCCUAAGUUGGAAAACCUUCAAUUCCCAAGAUGACCACAGUUGCCCCAUUCUUGGUCCUUUUCCUGGCCUCUCCCUAGAACCUCAGAACCAUAUCUGGGUGGAAAAGGACAGACAAACCAAUUCCUCACAAGGAGAGACCCUGCCUGGGAAGAUGUUUUAGUAAACUUUUCGUGGCUCCUUUAUAUUUUAAAAGAAAAUUAAAAAUGUUAUUUAAGUUAUACUUUCUAACUCCUUCCCACCUUCCUUAGCUGUCCCCAAUACAUUUUAAUGUGUGUCUGGAUCUGCCUAGGUCAAAGGCUAUGGAGCUUUUAACCUCUGGGAUCUUAGCUGAUGGUUUUGAGCUGGGUCUGUGGCCUGGGGAUGGGGAUUUCUUGCUGCUGAUCUCAACCAGGGAGUUGUGGGAACAAUUGUGAGAUCCCCUUUUAGGGGUAUCCUGCCAAGUUUGAAAGAGCCCUGGCCUCUUUCAGCAUUCCCUCUCCCCUACUCCCAGUCGGUUCCCUUCCUCACGAUUAGCUCCCCUAACCCAGACAUCUUCCCUACUCCCCAUUUUUUUGCCCACCUGGGGUGUUAGGGCACUAGGAAAAAAAAUUCUCAUCCCACCAAGGCAGCCUGGUUUGUGAUCCCUGCCAAAGAGGCCUCCCAGAUAUCCCUGGGGCACACCUCCUGCAUUUUAGCCAUUCUUGUCUGCAGAUUUUUAAUACACAGCCACUAACUUCCCAUUCCAUCUGGGAGUGUCACUCCCCAAAAGCAAGGUGGAGGGUGCAGCCCAUCCUGGGUGGGGAAAGGAGGGGACUGGGAGAAAGGAAAAGGGAAGUGUUUUUACCUCUUCAAGGUAGAGAGCUUCCUUUUGCCAUGGGAAUGCCAAUUUUUAUUCACCUGAUAGCCUCACCAUCAUCCCCUAUCCCUAGAGGCACCCUUCAUCAGGCUUGACUGAUAGCUACCCAGCACUCCUCCUCCUGACCCCUUGUUGAGGCAUCUGAAUUAUCAUCAUUUCCUACCCCCCCCCCCCCCAGGAAGUAGCUGGAGUGGAGAGCAGCCCACUUCUCUCACCCCGUUUCUCUUUUUUUGCUCCUCUCAAUUUACCCCCAUCCCUGAAGGAGUUCAUAGGCCAGGGGUAGGGGUGGGGUGGGGUACUUGGGAAUUUAAACCUGUGUGAUUCGAAGAAAUUUGUUUCACGGAAAUGACUUCCUCUUUAACGGUGUGCUUUGUUGUAAACAUUUGAAAACUAUUACCAAUAAAGUUUUGUUUAAAAAAAAAA